UCCAAGCUCGCUGCACAGUGCACACACCGCCGCUCCUCCAGCUCCUUGCUGCCCGCUGCGAAGAUGGUUGGCGGCGCGUGUGCUCGCAGGCUGGCCCGCCGCUCUCGGUCCGCCCUCAUCGUAGCCCUGACGGUGCUGCUGGUGCAGACGCUGAUCGUGUGGAACUUCAGCAGCCUCGACUCCGGUGAAGACAGCCGGGGAGACGGAGGCUCCGACAUGCGGGAGAAGAGGGACCGGGUAGCGGGCAACAAAGCCGCUGGCAGCGAGUUCCAGCACGGGAUGCAGAGGCAGCAGCGGCGGCAGCAUCCUUCGCCUCCCGAAAGAGGAACCUCUCGCCACAUACAGCAGCCGGAUGGAUACUACUCCCAUCGUCCCAAGGAGAAAAGCAAAGUGGACAGUAAUAAUGAGAACUCUGUACCGAAAGACUUUGAUAACAUAGACAAUAGCAACUUUGGCGCACGCUCGCAGCCGCAUCGGCAAACCGGCAGGAGGCAGCAGCGAGAGCAUCUGCAGGAGAAGGCUCAUGGCCAGCAGCAAGUCUGGCGUGACAACUCCCCCAACUUGGUUCGCAGCUCCAAUGAAGUGCUACCUUUAAGCCACCAGCCACUGGCGGUCGCCAACAACUCGCGCCCGGGUGGUCAAGGUGCGGCUGCAGGAGGGUUACGGCAUCACGCCGCUCACCAGGCCCAGCACAGGCAUCAGCACCCGCACAGAAGGCAGGCGACUGCAGCGCCCCUGGAGGUGACCUAUGACCAACCACCCGAGUGCGAAAUCAGUGGGAAGGAAGCCAUCUCAGCUCUGUCCAGGGCCAAAAGCAAGGACUGCAGGCAGCAGAUUGCAGAAGUCUACUGCAGACACAAAGAGGGCCAGUUAAUGCCAGAAAAGGUCACUCGCUACUGCCCCUUAGAAGGCAAAGCUAAUGCUAAUGUCCAGUGGGAUGAGGACUCCGCAGAGAGCUUCCCAUCAAAUCCAGUGCGGAUAGCAUUUGUCCUGGUGGUGCAUGGACGCGCCUCUCGUCAGUUUCAGCGUCUCCUCAAAACCAUCUACCACACGUCCCACUACUACUACAUACACGUGGAUCAGCGCUCCAACUACCUCCAUCGGCAGGUAAAGGCCUUGGCUGCUCAAUACCCCAACGUGAGGGUAACACCAUGGCGCAUGGCCACCAUCUGGGGGGGUGCUAGUCUCCUGACCAUGUAUCUUCGAAGUAUGGCUGACCUGUUGUCUAUGAGGGACUGGAGCUGGGAUUUCUUCAUCAACCUCAGCGCUGCUGACUAUCCCAUCAGGACAAACAAGCACCUGGUGGCCUUCUUGUCCAAAUACAGACACAUGAACUUCAUCAAAUCUCACGGCAGGGACAACGCCAGGUUUAUCCGUAAACAAGGCCUGGAUCGUCUCUUCUAUGAGUGUGACACCCACAUGUGGAGACUGGGUGAUCGUAAAAUCCCAGAGGGCAUCUCAGUGGAUGGAGGAUCCGACUGGUUCCUUCUGAACCGCAUGUUUGUGGAAUAUGUCAUCAACUCCAAGGACGAUCUGGUCACCAACAUGAAGCGUUUCUACGCCUACACUCUGCUGCCUGCCGAGUCAUUCUUCCACACUGUGUUGGAGAACAGUGUCUACUGUGAGAGCAUGGUGGAUAACAACCUGCGCAUCACCAACUGGAAUCGUAAAUUGGGCUGUAAAUGCCAGUACAAGCACAUUGUUGACUGGUGCGGAUGUUCCCCUAAUGACUUCAAGCUUGUGGACUUACAUCGCUUCCAGCAAACAGUGCGUCCCACCUUCUUUGCCAGGAAGUUUGAAGCCAGUGUGAACCAGGAGAUAGUGAACCAUCUGGACGUCUACCUGUUUGGACCAUUUCCAUCGGGGACGCCAGGCUUAAACUCGUACUGGGAAAAUGUGUACGACGAGCCAGAUGGUGUGGCCAGUCUGUCGGACACACAGCUCACCUACUACCAUUCCUUCUCGAGAUUGGGUUUGGCCCGGGCUGCUGCGUCGCUGCAAGGCAACCCAAGGGACCACAGCUGCAGGUAUUUCCCCAUGGGCCAUCCAGUGUCUGUGCAUUUCUACUUCCAGUCUGAUAAGUUCCAGGGCUACCUUGUCAGGCACCAUGCCACAAAUCUAGCAACAAGCAAACUCGAGACUAUGGAGACCUGGGUGGCACCUAAGAAGAUCUUCAAGUUAACCAAGCCUCCUGAAAGCACUUUCAGCAGGUUGCAGUUUGCAGAGAUCGGCACAGAGUGGGAUGCCAAGGAACGAAUCUUUCGAAAUUUUGGCGGCCUGAUGGGCCCCAUGGAUGAGACGGUGGGAAUGCAGAAAUGGGCAAAAGGGCCUAACGUUACUGUAACGGUCGUGUGGAUCGACCCGACCAACGUCAUCGCUGCCACCUACGACAUUCUUAUCGAUAUGAAUGCUGAGUUCACCCACUACCGACCACCACUCAAGCAGCCUCUGCGUCCUGGUGUUUGGAGUGUCCGCAUCCUGCACCAUUGGAGCCCCGUGGCUGAGAUGCGCUUCCUUAUCGCCCCUUUAGCUUAUAAUAAGCACCAGCCUAUACGACAAGAGGACACUCUGAAGCUGCACAAUGGGCCACCCAAGAACAGCUACAUGGAGCAGAAUUUCCACGGCCUCAACCCAGUGCUCAACAUCCCCGUUAGCUUGGGCUACGUGGAACAGGCCAAGAAGAACGCAGCCCUGACCGGCCCAGAGCUGGAGAACUGGGUCGACAACCUUGUGGGUGAGCUGUGGGAGGCAGCGGACAUCUGCGCCGUGGGGCCAACCGCCUGCCCUGUCAUGCAGGCCUGCCCCAAGAACCCUUGGAGCUCCCUAAGCCCCGACCCCAAAUCCCAAAUGAGAUCGCCGUAUGCUGAUGGGCGCAUCAGGUAGCAGCGCGGCCUCCAGCUGGACAGGAGGCCGCAAGAUUCAGUUUUUUUUUUCUUUCUUUUAAUUUAUUUACGGGCUUGGUUGCAGUUUGCCGGUGGGGGUAAACGUUCCCCUUCUGUCUCGGGAGACGAAGGGAACAUCAGAAGGUGAUCAGUGUUAGCGACAUCCACCCCGCUUUUAUGGAACUUGAUUAUUUCACUUUCACAGUGUAUUUAUUUGUCUUCUCGUAUGAGUUUAUCUGUGACCAACUGUUGCAAUUUUAAGCGUUAAUUUCGCUCCUCACUGAAUUCUGAAUUUCGAUUCUCAAGCGUGGGGCACAACGGCUAACGUGACAUUGUGCUCCACAAACGGCCUUAGCUGCGUGACCCGUAAGCAGGACGCCCGGUACCAGAUGAACGUACUAUGUGCCUCCUAAGGUUUAUGUCAGCGUGAACAGCAUCGAACUCGAAGUUUAUUUUCAUACGACCCCAAGAAGAACCAAUAGUCACUGCCUGUAAGAGAGUUAGAAACACGUUAUUUCUUGAUGAAACCAAUUAGUGUUAAACGUUAUCAGUAGAGUAAAUACAUGACACAACUUGUUUCAGUUGAGUGCCUGAUGAGGGACUGUGGUGGCCAGCCAAACCAUCUGCUGCACAAAGGUGUUCUCAGCGCCGUCUAAUCUGUGAGAAAUAUUUAACUGAGACAUUUUGGGGUUCGGCAUUCACUAAAUAUGUGGUAGCAUUUUAGAUUUGUCUUUAAUAAAUGGCUGAUGUUUUCAGUGAUAGGACAAAUAAUUUGUUCACUCGCUUUUCUUACCAGCCUGCCUCAAACUUGAAACACAAUAAUUCCAAGCUGACCUUAAAUAUCUUUUUUUGUUCAUUUCAGUGAGACUUUAUGUUGCACAGAAUUUUACAAAAGAAGUUUCAAGAUUGUGUGAAUGAGGGUCCAUGAGUUGUGAUUUAUUGUAAGUUUAUAUUAAUACUGAGAUUUUUAGUCAGUGACUAAAUAAUUACAACGCUGCCUUGGCAGCAUGAAAAAUAGUUUUUUGUUUUGUUUUUUAAACUGCCUUUAUUUACAAAGGCCAACAACCGAAACAUAUUCUGUACCUUUUUAUGGCCCACACCUAUGUGUCAGUAAGUGUUGUCAUGUCAGAAUAGAUCUUCUUGUCUUGGUUUGCCAAAAGAAAGCAGCUCUUAACCGGAGAGGUUAAAGGUCAGCUACCUAGCGGCCUCACCAAAACAGAGAUGGUGACCUCAAACAAUUAGACCAUUGGUUGUGAGGAGAAGCUAUUCUGUGUCUACUGCUUCCCGUGAGUUUCAGAAUGCUCGUGAGUGCUUGUGGUCUUCAUGCUGUGACAAUUAUGUACAGUUCCACGUGAAUGUUAUAAAGUGUACUCAUUGCAAAAAUGCAAAUUUAGAUCUCUAGCUUUCAAACUAUUUUAUCAUACGAGACAUCACCGAGGGUGAAAUUGCACUUCAACACACUGAGCUUCUAUUCUUGUUUUAAAAAUAGAUAUCAACUGGAGUCAGGUUUUCAAUCUGUCUGUCGAAAAUGACUGGUUAGCAGAGAAGCAAGUGUAUUUUGAAAGUUCAAUUACAGGUAUUACUGUGCAUUAAUGUCAAGUCAGCUUACCUAACCCAGACCAUAAAGGACACAUCCCUGCUUCGCACAGAAACAUUGGUGGCAUUGAUUAUAAAGGGCAAUUUGUUGCUCCGCAUUGAUUGGUACUGAAGUACAACACAGUAUUCACAACCAAUGCAUUGCAUUGCCCACACUUAUGGCAGUUUUGGUGAAAGCAGAAUUAUAAUAAAUGUAACUCACUGUAAGAAUCCUAUUUUAUAAAACAAAUGAUCAAAAAUGAAGCCAAUGUAUAUAAGUAUUUUGUACUAUUGUGUAAAAGAUGCUGUCUGUGUAAAUACAUAUCUGGUUGAUCGAAAAUGUGUUUUUUGACGUGGGCAAAGAGAGUGAUUUGUUGGUGUUUAUUGAUCAAAGUGCAUAACCUGCUCCAAUGUCGGGGCCUGUUUGCCUCUCAGAGAAAAUCUAAUGCCGGAUUGUUGUUGUUCUUGCUUGAAUGUAUUGUCGAGCAAAUGUUGCACACAUUUCUCUCAAGUCCCCCAUCAUUUCGUGUUCUUUCUGUUGUUGUUGUUUUUUUUCCUGGGGAGGCUCUGUGUGCCUUAGUCGACUUUUAGAACCUUCUCUGCCCCAUAUAGAAAAAAUAUAUACAGUAUAUAGUACUUAUUUUUCUUUACCUGAUGUGGUGGUGAAUAUCAAGACUGGUACUGCAGCACCAAAAAGAUGUCUGCUGUUGCUAUACAACAUCAGGCCUUCACCUUAUCUGCUUUUAUUUGUCUUCCCUUGGGGAGAGUUGUUUCUUUCACAGUGACUGGCUUGUCUUUCUUUCUCUUGACUGCUUUUUUAAAAUAAAAUUCAAUGGACAAACUGA